AUCCACCACGGCCCAUUGCGUUGCUUGGUCUGCCUUGCAUGGUUUGACUUCCAUCAUCAGACGGUACCAGAAUGGCUGUCGCCGCUACCGAUAGCACUCGGGCUCCCCAAACGCCCCUGCCGGACCCUCAGGACAAUGUUAAGCCGGAUAACUACGUUGAUAAAUUCAAGGGUCGUAAUGUCACAUCCAAAUUCAUUGAUCCUUGUGAGGGUGCGGCGAAGGCUUCUAUGGAUUGCUUGAACCGCAACGACUAUGACAGAGAUCAAUGCCUCGACUUUUUUCAAGCAUAUCGCGAUUGCAAAAGGUCAUGGAUUGAGCAGAGAAAAGCGGAUAGGCGUGCAGGGCGACCGUCGGCGUGAAGUGUUGUUUGCUGCAUAUAGUCACUACGAAUAUACGAGCAUCGCCUUCCAGAAU